AUGCCGAAACGAAAGUGUUGUGAACAUCCGGAAAAACAUGCAAAUUCUACUCGUGUACCAAAAGGAACAAUAGCCGUAUCGUUACAGCUAUCUAAGUUUUUGGGUUCUCGGUAUAAUAUGACGGAGAGCCGAACGCGGUGGUUAUGUCCAAGAUGCCAUAGUGAUGAUGGCGAUGGCGAUGAUGAUGAUGCGAUGAUGACAGAGAUCCUCGACAAUUGUAGUACAAAGGACGAUGAUCAUGCUACCGAACAAUUAACUGAAGAAGAAGAAGAUAAUGUUCGGAUGGAUAGUGGUUUUAUGAAUGAGUCGAAAGAGAAUGAUCAUCACUCACUGCAUAUGGAUGAAAGAUCGACCGAUUGUGAAUCAAUGGGUGAAGAAGAAGGCGAUGUUUUAUAUGAACACGAAUAUCAGAAAAGCAAAGCGGUGAAACAAUUGGUGGCUGUAUUUGAAUUAUUAAAAAUAGAGUCAAUUCAUGAUAAAUCGACAGUAUUUCCUAUCCGAGUUAAAGUUGAUGAAGUCUAUCGAAAGCUUCAACAGUGGCGUGAUGUACUGGAAGGGGUCACUCAAGCUUCACAUGAUCCAAAUCCUCACGAACUUAGAAUAUCUGAAUCGAACGAGUUUUUGGAUGGUUUGAAAAAAUUGUUCGUCGAAAGCGAUGCCAAUGAAAAAAUCCGUUUAAUGACAAUCGCUCCGAGAGAAUGGGGUAGACAAAAAAUCGAAAGAUGGUUUGUAUUUCUCGUCAUUUUUUCGAUUUUCUUUCAUUUGCUCAAACGCCUGUCGCUAUCAAUUUCUUACAUUUAUUAGGUUUCAAGUAAAACAAAGUCAGGCUCGAAGAUCGCUGGUUCUACGAAAAGACA